UGAGAAGCGGUGACAAAAUCCGCAGUGGAGGAAGCGCGCCAGGGUGGAAAAGAGACGCGGAAUCUGAGCCUUCAUUGUGUGCGCCGUGGGGCCCAUCUAGAUUAUGCGCGAUAUCCGUGCUCAAAACUCUUUUUGUAUGGCCGAUAUCUUUGUUCGGCUACGCUUAGCACUGGAUCCGCGAUAUCUCUCGAUAUGCUUAAGUGUAUUUGCUUCUAUUGCCUGUGGAGCCUCUGUUUCCCCCCUCUCCCCUCUUCAUCUCUCCAAUGGAGACUAGAAACUACCAUCCCCUCCUCCUCCUUCUCCCCGGGCACAUAG